AAAUAGAACAUUCAAAGAAUUAUAAAACCGUAUUUUCACAACUCCCAUAGACCGGUGUAAAUUGUUUAAGAAGCGAUUAGGAUAAUUGGUUAAUAUGUCCUGAAGGUGUCUCAUCGCCCCCCAUCUUACUAUAUCAUUAAUCUUUGCCCAUUUAUAGGUUCAGGAGCAGAGGAACUGGUGUCAAAUAAUAAAUCCACCAACGGAGGAUGCGCUGCCAAUAUGAAAAAAUGUGGAUGUUUGUUAGAUCCAAGAAAUUGCUCGUUCAACGGCAGCAUUAAGACAUCAUGCAUCCCUAACCAGGCUGUUCUAAACUCGAAAACUGAUUGCGAAGACAUGUCCGAUGAAGGAUGCCCUUCGUUAGAGUUUUAUUCUCCCGUGGGUGUUACGGUAAACUCAUGUACGGAUAAUGCAAGUUUGUCGUAUCUGCUUGAUCUUAAUGCAACUAUAGCAAAGCGUCCGAAUCUAGCUUGUACCGAAGUUCAGUUUGCUUGCAAAAAGGAUGAGAACUGUUGCAGUACUGAAACGUGGUGCGGGGACUCAAGGUACCACCCGUUGUUUUGCGAUGAUGGUAAGAUGUUCUUUGCUCAACAUUGGUGCGAUGGAAAGAAGCACUGCGAAGACGGAAGCGACGAGGUGUAUCAUUUACCAGGCUUUGAAUGCAAACCACGGAGAGGAAUUCAGCCGAAUAUAGCGUCUUGUGUGUUGCCACAGAGGAACUUAUACACCUCACUUCCAUUUUGCGAAUACAAUCAAAACCUAUGCGCACUGGAAGGUGGCCGGUGCUUUCAGUGUUUCGACGGAAUGUAUAUAAAUUCGGCCUCUCAAGUCUGCGACGGUGAGAUAGACUGCUAUGAUUUGACGGACGAGUGCCUGUGUGAGAACAAAACAAUUUGCAAUGACGUGUUGGGAGACUCCAGAGAAAGAUGCGGAGUUAAUAAACUUCUGUGCUACGGUGAAUGCGUGGACAUGGAUAAGGCUGUUAUUUGCAACACUUCUUUUGCCUGCGAGGGCGAUAGAAAUUCAAAGUACUGCGCAGCCUACUUACCAAGCAAUGAAACAGACUUCAAAUGUCCUAAAGGUGUAAAAGUCAAGGCAUGCGACGGAAUAUCGGAAUGCUUAAACCGUGAAGAUGAAUGCGACCGUACUUGUGCGAACCAAACACACUUUUGUAGCGUUGAUAUAGCUUGCCACAAGAAACUGUUCUUUUUGGUGGACAACAGGUACUGCGACGGCAAACCGUCCAACAUUAAAGGUUGUCCAUUUGGCUUUGACGAGACAAAUUGCACCAAUCGCUUUUACUGCACAAAUGACAGCCUUGAGAACAUUAGUAAAAAGCGCGUAUGUAAUGGAUGGAUAGAUUGCAGUAAUGGCGAGGACGAAGCGAUGAAAAGAUGCAACAGCACACGUUUCUAUUGCCUCAACAAAGGGGUACCUUUAUCGGUCGGUAUACCGCGAGUGGAGAAUGGAAUCAAAGAGUGUUCAGAUGGAAGCGACGAAUGUCCACCGAAUAGCAAUAGAACCAGCUUGUUUUCUAACGCAUUUGAAAUGAUUGGUAAUCCUUUCUUACUCGCCAUGUUUUGGAUAAUGGGCAUUUUCGCCAUUUUUGGUAACAUUGUAAUGUUCAUUGGUUCUGUGAAGAAAUUUAAAGCGUCGACUAAACCACUGACAAGCUGUUCCUUAUGGUUUGUUAUUAAUCUUUCGAUCGCUGGUUUCUUAAUGGGGAUCUAUUUAAUAGCUAUAGCUAUAAAAGCGGCCGAGUUUUCCAAGUUGUACUGCUAUUUCGACACAGAUUGGCGAACCAGUGAUACAUGCGACUUUCUUGGAGCUCUAGUUCUUAUUUCUUGCGAAGCUACUGCUUUUAUGAUGACGAUAACGACAACGUUUCGACUGAUUACGAUUCUGAAACCGUUCAAGGCACGUUCUGUGAAGCCUGCGUGGUCGUGGGUAGCUACUAUCGCCGCAUGGUGUUUUGCUAUUAUUCUCGGAAUCACGCCUACUUUUAAUACAAGUUCUGGGUAUUUUGUCACCGCCAUAUGGUUUCCAAACCACUUUUACGCCGCACAGUCGAUAAGCAAAUCAAAUUUUGAGCAACUUGCAUGUGAUAUUAUUACGUUGAAAUCAAAUGGUACAUGCGGUGGUUUAACUUGGGCGGAAACAAAAGAACUCGUCACCAGUUCGUUCGACUAUUUAAAGAUAAAAGGCGAGUUCGGUUACUUUGGAGAAACCAGCGUUUGUCUUCCUCGACUGUAUGAAAAGGAAGUUGAAGGGAAGCGACUGGUGCAGUUUUGCUGUAAGAAACAACGACGAAGAAGCCAGAUAAUUCGAGAUCGUCGUGUUAUUGUUGUUGCAAAUAAAGUUCCAUUUAAUUUUUAA